AUGGGGCGGCAGCGGCGGUUCCUGCAGGUGGCGGCGGAGGGGCUGCUGGGCGCCUGUCCGGGGCAGGCGCGGUUCCUGCUGUGGACGCUUCGCAACUCCCCAGAUAAUGAACAUGGAUUAGAAAGGAUAUGUCCUUACUGCUUCCAGUUCCUGGUUCCUGAUAGCCACCGGGUGCGUCUCAAACCAAAGAUGAAAGUGACUCCACAGAUAGAGAAAAUUCUUAAACGAGAGGCGAAGAACCAUAAACUUAACAUGAAACAGACAAAGCUUUUGAAAAAGUACAGGGAGUCAAGAAGUGUUCUGCUGGUUACUUGCAACUCAUGCAACAAAACAACAAGACAUUAUGGUAAAAGCAGGGAUUUUCUGGCUGCCACGACACACAAUUCUGGCACUCCAAGUACUAAAUCUAGCCUGAGGACACCAGAUGUAAAAAUUCAGUCUGCAAGCAAAGUGACACCUGUAAUCUGCAAUAGGUUGGGAUCUAAAGGGAACAGUCCCUCAUCGCUUCCCAGAACACAUGUAUCCGGACAGGCGACAACCAGCUCUGCUUCCAAGACUCCCCGAAACUCCAAAUUUCACUUUUCUAAGCUAAAACGGAUGCUCAAACUAGAAGAAAAAGAGAAAAGCCAGAAGCCAGAUUUGAAAACCUUCUUGACUUUACUUUAAUUAUACAUUAUUUCAAAGUAGUAAAGAUGACAGCAAUAAGUGUUGUUCCAGUUUUAGUAAAUCAACAAAGUGAGUUCUUUAAAACUGAAGCUAACAGCAUGUACCCUGUGAAAGUGUAGACCAUAUUUUUUAGAAGUAAGCUCUGCUUCUAAGGGGACUGAUUAUCUGCAAGAGGGAGAUGAGAAAAUAGCCAGCCUAGUAUGCUUGGGAAUCUUGAACACGUUUUGCAGUCUCUAAUGGCCCAAGAAUUAAAAGUGAGGAUCUGUCCUUUGAGGACGCUGACAAUACUGGAUCCAUCAGUGGGUCCAGCAGGACCAGCAGAUAGGUUGGCAGACCUGAAAGCAGUUUGGGAGUGGGGACAUUGCAGUUUGCUCCGCCUCACUCUCCCACUAUUUUUAAGAUAAUGAGUCACAACAAAAUUUGAAAGAUCUUAUCCCCGCGUUGCAUGGUUGAGUAAAACAAAGACACUUUCACUGGCACUUUCUGCAGAUGAUACGAUAUUUUCAAGGAUCUAAUGUAAGUGUCUUGUAGUGUUGCUGUCUUUUGAUACCUGUGGUAAUUUAAGCACAGCCUUUAACACAGCCUUUACAAAGGUUCCAAAAUAAAUUACUUGUUAAGACAGUGCUCAUACACAGAGAUAAAACAGCGUAUCACCAGGUUAAGUUUCUUUUUCUCAAGAAUGCUGUCUGUGAUUUAGACUGCAGAUGAUACCACUCUCAGGAUAACACAGAACCUUGUAAGACUGUGCUCUAGUGCAGGAUGCUCUUAAUACCGACUGACAGCUCCACAGUAGACUGCUAUCAGUACACCGAUUUGUUACUGCUGCGGGUGUGGCACAGCCGUAAAGAGUACGGGAUGCUUCCUCUCCAGUUGCUCUGGUGCUAUCAAAGCGUGUCGUUUUUGUCUUGUUCAAAAACAGCUAAGGAGAGAACCUCUUUCUUAAACAUAUUUCAGUUUGUCAGGCUUCAGAGUUGCUUCUUUUCUGGACUUCAGCCUGGAAAACUAGGUUUGCCCUCGACAGUUGUUGGCUCAUUGCACCAAAAUGUUUUGAUGUGAAUAGGCAACUGUCAAGGUUAAAGCAGUCUCCACUGUCAGAUUGUACAUUUUCAAUUCGGCACAAAGGUGAGAAAGGACUGAGUUUAUAGCCUGCCCUACGUGUAUUCUGCAAACCAUGCUUCAGAUUUCCCCUCUGAAAAGAGAAUGAAUCAGUUAAAAACAUUUAAAUUCUUGUUUUUAAAGGUCUGUAUUUUCCUUUUUUUUUGUAUUCUAAUGAACAGUUUUCCUUUCAGUGUACUGAGACUCAAUGAACACCGCUUAAGAAAUGGGACCAGCAAAUAAGUUGGCAGAUUUGAAAGCGAUUGGGGGUGGAGGGGAAUAGUUUGUUGCAAAUUCUACUUACAGUCUCAAAGACUGGCAUGUAACCUUUUUAUAUCUCCUGUACACUUGCACAGUAACUUUAAAGGUUCACUGCAGUUUGUUUCUUAUGUACGAGUAGGAUCAAAUUAACUGUCAUUCUUUGAUCAAAAUACGGACCUUGGAGUUAAGCCUUUUCCAGUGUAGAACUUGGCAUUAAUUCACCUGUUGUUGCUGUAUUUAUGAUCCAGUCCUCUGGAAAAAUACUUCAAGCUUGUUGAUGGAAAAUGUGCGUUAUAAAAAAGUAUUUGAAAAACAAGUUUUGCAACAAAUUUUUCUA